CAGACGUCCAGAUUGUGUCUUGUGACCAACGAGUCACUUCAUUGUCAAGACCCUCAUUCUGUCUCGUCUCGUGGUAUACUUCUCAAAACAAUCAGCUGAUUAUCUGACAUAAGUUUAGGAAAGGUUCUCCCACCAUUUCUUUUGCCGGUUGUGCCGUUCCAGACAGGAUGUUCCGCCGUCUUUGCCAGCAGACCGCGUUGCUUGUGCCACGAGUAAGAGGACGUCUUGUACAUCGAGGAGCUUCCAGUCCAACCAGCAUGGCCGCAGAAAUGGCAGAGCGCUCGUCUCCCAAGACCAAAUACGAAGCACUUGCUCUCCAGGUUACCCCCGAGUGGUCAUUGACAGAUGAGUCUCUGUAUGUUGCUCUGUCGGGGUUCGAAAGAGGAGAGCCAGUGACGCUACAUUCCUCCGUCACGGAAAACAAAAUGACAUUUGCCGCAGUUGGACAUUACGUAACAGACGACAGUGGAAAUGUGGAUACGACCAGGGACGCUUCAAUUGGAGGAAACUAUGUUGGUGUGGAGCCUAUGGGAUUGAUUUGGGGAAUGGAGCAGGCCCCGGGUCAAAGGUCAGGACUACGCCUGCUGAAGAAAGAAAUUACAGAUACGUUUAAGGUAUCGCUGAACGUUCACCGCGGUCAUCUUGGAUUAGAAGAACUCUGCAGUGAGGCUGCAUGCAACCCAUUGCUGACAAGUCCUUUCCAGAGGAGCUACUUAGCAGAGGGGGUUCAGCGGAUUCCAGUGACCUAUGGUAAGGUACGCGGGACCCUGUUUUUACCAGAAGGACCGGGUCCAUUCCCCGGUGUGAUUGACAUGUUUGGGUCUGUCGGAGGUAUUGUCGAGAUGCGGUCGGCGCUCCUGGCAUCACGCGGCAUUGCCGCACUUGCCUUACCUUACUUUAAGUACCAGGACCUGCCGAAAGACCACAAGGAACUUCAUAUAGAAUACUUCGAAGAGGCCACGAAAUUUCUCCGUGUGCACCCCCAGGUUUCAUCAAACAAAGGUAUAGGAGUUAUGGGGACAUCCAAAGGUUGUGACAUUGCCCUCGCUAUGGCCGAGUUCAUCCCGGACGUCCGCGCUGUCGUGGCCAUCAACGGUGUGUGUUAUUCUAUUGAUUCGAACUUAAAACACAAGGGUAAAACUGUGAAGCGGGCGGAGAGUGGUGACCGUGGGAAACUGAUCUUUCUCGAAGGUGGUACAAUUGCCUGUAUGGAGAAUGCAAUCCCAUGGGAAAUAGAGGAAGAGAACAUGUUACAUAUUGAGAAAUCCGACGCUGCGUUCUUAUUCAUUACAAGUUUAGAUGACCAGUGUGUCCACCCAAAGGCCUCAAGUGUUGGGCCAAACAGACUCCGGAAACACGGCAAGACAAACGUUGAACACUUACAGUUACCUGGAGCAGGACAUUUAGUUGAACCGCCUUACAAUCCCCACUUUUUGAACACUUUUCACAGAUUUAAUUUUGGUGGGGUGCUCCUACGUUGGGGUGGUGAGAGACGCGCACACGCGCGUGCGCAGGUCAAGGCGUGGAGAAAAGUACUGGAAUUCUUCAGAGAAAAAUUGAUGUGAAAGACAUAAUGCUGACUGCAAACUCUGUCAUGAGCUGUCGCGUCUGUGGUUCAAUAGUCUCAGGUCUAAUCAAAUGCCAACUUAUCUUUUUUGGUCAAUGAAUGGAAUGGGACCAGGCAUUUUAUGUAACUUUAUUGGUGCUUUGCUUCAGCAUGAUAGACAGAUUUCGCUCUACCCCUACGACUUGAGAGGCGAACGAGGUAGUGCGAGGUACAUGUACAAUGCAGGCCCUAUGUAAAUAAUUAGCGAUGACGGUUUUUGAAAAAUCCUUUGAUUCCUUGUGCAACUGAAAUAUGAUUGAAGCUGAUUUACGAGUCAGUGUCGCUUAAAUGAUUUCGCGCAGGUCUUCAUGACACCAAAGACAGUCGUACUUCGCACCGUAUUCGUCGUUCGUUAUAGGGCUGCGAAACCUCUCUAAUGUACGCGUACUCGUAGCAGAUUUUUAUUUGUGAUUUUACCACUGUAAAUUGCAGAAUUGUAAACACGUCAGAAUAACAUGAUUAAGUUAACUUGCACUAUAAUGUUUUGAGUUACACUGUUUCGGCAAACCAAAGGGUUCAUGUACUUUAGAUGUACGUUUAAACAUAAAGCUAGCAUGUAUGGUCUAAGCUUGUAAUCUACCACACAAGAUAUGUGUUGGCUGUUUUGUACUCCAUAAGACCUAAACAUUCAUAGGAACCAUGUACCAACAUGAAAAACAUUGGCUCGAUGACCAAUAUUUAACCUGCAUGUUCACGUGUAUUUUUAUCAGUCUUAAUCAACAUUGUUUAAACAUCAUUAAAUUAACUGAUUUGAUUGUUGUAAGGGUGUGUUAAUUAUCCAACUUUUUCAGUAAUUGAUCUUGCUGUCACGGUACACGCCGGCGUCGUCGGCCGGGGGGGGGGGGGGGUCAUCAGAGUAUCACAAGACAAAUCUACACAGGGCAAAUAAAUCACUUGAUGAAAACACUUCACUCGUGUCGGAUGUUCAAGUUUUCUCGAAGUCACUACUAGAACUAUAUCUCGUUAAACACAUACACGGGUAAUGAGGUCAUGAUGUUAUGUCCUCCAGAUGAGAGCGUCGUUCAUGCAUGAAGGUCGCCAUCCCCUAGCUCCAACGAGGUCAGGCAGUCGUCAAGUACGGGCCUACUGUAAACUCGGCCCUGUUCCGUCCAUAGGACGUCUAUCACCGUCCUUUUAGUGAUUAAUGUCGCCACGGUUGCGAAAGAUGGUGGUGCUCUCUCUUGCGACAAAAUACAACUCUGUACAAAAUGGACCGAAACCUUUUCCCUGUGAGGCAGUAAACGUAUAUGUUGAUCGAAGAAUUGAUGCAUCCCAAUAUAUAGGUCAACUCCAUUAGUAAGCCUGGGGCUGGCGUGAUGAAAUCGGCAAUGUUUACACCACAGGCAGGCAACUCUAAGAGGGUGAAAACAACCGAAAUCGCACAGACUCGUAUUACUACACCCAACUGUUGUCUGUUGCCUUCAGUUUGGUUGGCAGCAAUCUGCUUCGAUUUGCUGAAGGACAAAUACUUAACGAUAAAAAAUGUGGCGACAUUUAUCAGUAAAAGCGGGAUCACUUGAAGAAUACCAAUGUAUAAAACCUUAUUGUAAAUGAGUUGGAAAAAGUAGCUUUUCCCGAUUUCUGUCCUUGUAUCCAUCGGUCGGAACUUAAGUGCACACUCAUCGAAUAUUUUAAUCACCUUGAAAAUCCAAAGUUUAGGUAGAUUAUAAACAAAGGAAAAUACCAAGAGGCUUAUGAUUGAGUAUCGGGUGUACCUCACAGUGCAGAGUGAGGCUGCUUUGAGUGGUAAACAAACAGCAAUGAAUCGCUCAACGCACAUGAAAACGACAGUGUAUACUGACAAGGUUUUGCUGAACCAGAGAAAAAACCACCAAUAAGGUCGGAGAAUGAAAUACAGCUCCACUCCCUCAACGAACUUGCCACCGGAAUACUGGUAUAUCGUCGAUAAGGGGUAAUCAAUGAUAUUUGAAAUGAGAACAAGAUUGUCAACAAAGGCUAAGAAAUUUAGCAAAGUGGACGUCGAUGACACUUUCAUCUCUAUCCGAAGCACCACGAAGGAUAGAGCAUUUCCGACAAGGCCAGACACUAUGACCACAAACAUCAAGGGUAGAAUGGCGACAAAAUAGAAAAUGUCCAAUGGCUCCAACUCCCACAGUGGUUUCGAUAUCCAGUAAGCAGGUUUGCAUGCUGGGGUGACGUUGCCGGGGUUUGCCAGAAACGAUUCGGUCACAUCCAUGAUUUAGUAGUUUACACUCGGAUUGUACAUGUAUAGAUAUCAGAUUUUCUCUAUAGGUUUCUAAAUAAGCUUGACAAGCUAAUUUCUAUAAUGUCUAACAUUCUCUCACCUAAAGAGAGACUAUAGGCACGAGCCAGGUGGGUCAGAUGGCGUUACACGAAGGUAGAGGUCUCCUAAUGCACACUAUUCGCUCGUAUCUAGGCAGAUAUCAAUGGCUGCGAAUAAAGCGACAAAAUCGCGACGGCAGUCAGCUGCAGUGGAAUCGUCAUCGUGGCUACAACAACACUCCGUCAGGUUUCUAUUUAUUGAGGCUGAGAGGUGAUCCACUCUGAUGUGGGAGUCCUGAGGUAGAUACACUAUGUUCUCAACAUGAGAUAUACACAUAACAUCAAAAUUUUGUUGGCCUAUCUCAGAUUGAGUGGCAUCAACUGGCAUGUAUAUAUAUCAGAUUCUAAGAGCGUGUAUCUAUAAUUUGGAGGUAGGACAAGACAGCGUCACAACCGUUACCUGGCGAUAACUGCUGACCCGGCAGAGCAGACACAAGUGUGCAUCAGAGUGAUUCCCCCUCCACUUCGGCUGGAAGAACGAAUUUACAUCGGUUUAUAUAUGCUGUAAAUCUGAUAAGGUGCCGUUCCGACUUUCUAGAUGGAUGCUGAUGCCAAUAAUGUACCACAUAUCAGGGCGACGAUAAUUCCGUAGUGGCGUAUACGACCAAGGCGGUCAAGUCUCCUGUUUGGGUGAAAACGAUUUCCAGUCCUUCGGUUCCAGGGACGCACUUUUGUAUUUAGUCGCUCGCUGAUAUUACGGCCAAAAAAUUGCAUCCCGCCAACAUUUAUGCGAAGACGAUCAUAUCACAGGAAAAUGAACAAAACUGAUUUUCCCCUCAUCAAUUACAUCCGCGUUCACGCGCCAGUGUUGCAUUUCAUUACUUGAUAAUUGGACUAUAUAAGCCCCCGAGACAGAUCAUUCGUCAUCUCUGUUACAGCCUCGCAAAGCCAGAUCAGUGUCGUCUCAUGAUUCUGUGUGAAACUGUAUGUAUAAAGUAAAAAGGACAAUCCUGACCGGAAACCUAGGUAUCAAAGAUGGGGCCUGAUCCGAUGAAGUGAUACAUCCCUGAAGGAAUAUCUAACCUUCGUUAAACGCCAAACGCAUCAAUUACUGUAAUAUCGGCGGGCUACGAGUAGUCCCGUCUCUCGGGUUAAUCAGACACCAGUCACAGUCACAGAAAGUACUCGGCGCGACUGCACCUUAUGCCCAUCCUGGAGACAGCCCCCGAUGAGUCGAUACUGCUGCGCUUUCUGUCUUUGUGACGUCACAUCUCGAUUUAUUUUGCGAAAGAUGGUGGUCUCCUCUCUUGCGACAAAAUACAACUUUGUACAAAAUGGACCGAAACCUUUUCCCUGUGAGGCAGUAAACGUAUAUGUUGAUCGAAGAAUUGAUGCAUCCCAAUAUAUAAGUCAACUCAAAUAGCAUAGCUGGGGGUGGCGUGAUCAUAUUGACAAUGUUUACACUACCGGCAGGCAACUCUAAAACGGUGAAAACAACCGAAAUCGCACAGACUCGUAUUACUACACCCAACUGUUGUCUGUUGCCUUCAGUUUGGUUGGCAGCAAUCUGCUUCGAUUUGCUGAAGGACAAAUAUUUUACGAUAAAAAAUGUGGCGACAUUUAUCAGUAAAAGCGGGAUCACUUGAAGAAUACCAAUGUAUACAACCUUAUUGUAAAUGAGUUGGAAAAAGUAGUUUUUUCUCAUUUCGGUCCUUGUAUACAUCGGUCGGAACUUAAGUGCGCACUCAUCGAAUACUUUAGUCGCCUUGAAAAUCCAAAGUUUAGGUAGAUUACAAACAAAGGAAAAUACCAAGAGGCUUAUGAUUGAGUAUCGGGUGUACCUCACAGUGCAGAGUGAGGCUGCUUUGAGUGGUAAACAAACAGCAAUGAAUCGCUCAACGCACAAGAAAACGACAGUGUAUACUGACAAGGUUUUGCUGAACCAGACAAAAAAAAACCAAUAAGGUCGGAGAAUGUAAUACAGCUCCACUCCCUCAACGAACUUGCCACCGGAAUACUGGUAUAUCGUCGAUAAGGGGUAAUCAACGAUAUUUGAAAUGAGAACAAGAUUGUCAACAAAGGCUAAGAAAUAUAGCAAAAUGGACGUCGAUGACACUUUCAUCUCUUUCCGAAGCACGACGAAGGAUAGAGCAUUUCCGACAAGGCCAGACACUAUGACCACAGACAUCAAGGGUAGAAUGGCGACAAAAUAGAAAAUGUCCAAUGGCUCCAACUCCCACAGUGGUUUCGAUAUCCAGUAAGCAGGUUUGCAUGCUGGGGUGACGUUGCCGGGGUUUGCCAGAAACGAUUCGGUCACAUCCAUGAUUUAGUAGUUUACACUCGGAUUGUGCAUGUAUAGAUAUCAGAUUUUCUCUAUAGGUUUCUAAAUAAGCUUGACAAGCUAAUUUCUAUAAUGUCUAACAUUCUCUCACCUAAAGAGAGACUAUAGACACGAGCCAGGUGGGUCAGAUGGCGUUACACGAAGGUAGAGGUCUCCUAAUGCACACUAUUCACUCGUAUCUAGGCAGAUAUCAAUGGCUGCGAAUAAAGCGGCAAAAUCGCGACAGCAGUCAGCUGUAGUGGAAUCGUCAUCAUGGCUACAACAACACUCCGUCAGGUUUCUAUUUAUUGAGGCUGAGAGGUGAUCCACUCUGAUGUGGGAGUCCUGAGGUAGAUACACUAUAUUCUCAACAUGAGAUAUACACAUAACAUCAAAAUUUUGUAGGCCUAUCUCAGAUUGAGUGGCAUCAACUGGUAUGUAUAUAUAUCAGAUUCUAAGAGCGUGUAUCUAUAAUUUGGAGGUAGGACAAGACAGCGUCACAACCGUUACCUGGCGA